AAUGUCCUAAAAGAAGCAACAAAUGCAAGUCGAGUAAGUUAUUGUAUUGAUGAUUUAGAUAAAAGGUUCCUGAAAACGUCGCCAAGAAGACCGUCAGAGAUACUAAAUUGAGGGAAGCUGUUGCUAAGAGAAGAACAGAGAGAUUGGCUGCCAACAAAACUAGAAGAGCUCAAUGGGAAAAGAAUGCUUAAGCUUAUGAAGCUGAAUAUAAGGCUGCAGACAAGAGCUUAGUUGAUAACUUACGUAAAGCUAAGACUGAAGGUGGAUUCUAUGUUCCAGCUGAAGCUAAAUUGAUUUUGGUUGUCAGAAUCAGAGGGUAUUAUUUAUUUUACUAAUGAAAGUAUCAACACCUUGAAUCCACAGGUUAGAUAAACCUUGAGACUUUUAAAAUUAAGAUAACUUCAUAAUGCAGCCUUUGUUAGAGUCAACAAGGCCACAAUUGAAAUGAUCAGAAAAGUUGAACCAUAUGUUACCUAUGGAUAUCCAUCAAGAGCUGUUAUCAAGAAUCUUAUUUACAAGAGAGGAUAUGCCAAAGUUAAUGGUUAAAGAAUCCCAAUCACAAACAAUAAUGUCAUUGAAUAAUAAUUAGGAAAAGUUGGUAUUCACAGCAUUGAAGAUCUCAUUCAUGAGAUUGUUACAGUAGGACCUCACUUCAAAGAAGCAAAUAGAUUCUUAUGGUAAUUAUUAAUUCUUAAUUUUUUAGGGCAUUCAAAUUGAGAGGACCAAGAGGUGGAUUCAUUGCAAAGAGAAAAUCUUUCAUUAAUCAAGGAGAUUGGGGAAAUAGAGAAGAUCUCAUCAAUGAUCUUGUCAAGAGAAUGAUUUGAUU